GUUGUAGGGUCCUAGGCGAGGCACGGUGGAGACUGAGUGUGUCUUCCUCCGCAGAUUUGGAGACCGCGAGGGGCAGCCAACUGCCUGAUAGCCCAGGGCAAGGACAGACCCAUGGAGAGGUCGAUCUUGCAAAAUUAGGAGAUUCAAGCCGCUCUGCCCUGUCCUCGAGCCCACUGUGUGCCUGUCUUGUAGCAUAGUUGAACGAUUAGUCUUCCUGCGAGACCCAGUUCGGAUUUCACCUACUGCCCAGAUGCUCGCUCUGUCAAGGCAACACCUGGUGUCUCCUUUAUUCCGCAUGACAUCGUUCAGCCGUUUCUACAGAGGUGACAGUCCGACAGAUUCCCAGAAAGAUAUGAUUGAAAUCCCUUUGCCUCCAUGGCAGGAGCGAACUGAUGAACCCAUAGAAACCAAAAGAGCCCGCCUGCUCUAUGAGAGCAGGAAGAGGGGCAUGCUGGAGAACUGCAUUCUGCUUAGCCUCUUUGCUAAAGAAUAUCUGCAACACAUGACAGAGAAACAGCUGAACCUCUAUGAUCGCCUCAUUAAUGAGCCCAGUAAUGACUGGGAUAUUUACUACUGGGCUACAGAAGCAAAACCAGCCCCAGAAAUAUUGGAAAAUGAAGUCAUGGCACUGCUGAGAGACUUUGCUAAAAACAAAAACAAAGAGCAGAGGCUGCGUGCCCCGGAUCUCGAAUACCUCUUUGAAAAGCCACGUUGAGCUCCACACCUCCUGCCUUGGGGCUCGGUCCCUGGAGCCCACUGCUUAGGAUGGAUACUAGCUUUGACUUCCUGCUUUUCCCCUUAGACACUCAGCUCACCCAGACCAUCCUGCCCAAAUGACAGACCACUUCUCUGCCAGGACAUGUAAAUGUCCAGUGUCUUCAUUCUAACACUUUUUUGUUCAGUUCUAGGCCUCAAAGGGUUAGAAGUGCGAGGGCUUCCUCUAGUACACAUAGGAGUGAAAUUGCCUUUAAAAUUAAGAUUCACCUGCAACCAACAAUGCUGAAUUUACUUUCACUAGUUGUUCUGAAAUCAACUAUUUUUUAAAAAAAGCAGAUUUUGUGUGAUUUCAUAAAGGUGUAUCUAUUUUACCGAUAGAAAACAGAGAUUAAAGAAAAACUACAGUAUUAAUAGUAUCUGUGAUUACUCCUUCUCCUUAAAAAAUUUGCAUGUCCAAUAAUUGCUUUGAAAAAUAGCUGAUUAAUCUGAAAUUUUUUAAAAGAAAACAAUGUUCAGUGUGUCAGUGUUGCUGGCAGUCAGGCCUGCCUGGUGUCUGCCGGCCUCCGCCACAGGAGGGCACUGUGGGGAAGCAACCGUGCGGGCUCCCGCUGCAGCCAGAGGUGUGCUCCGAAAAGGCCGCCAGCCAGCGCGGGUGCUGUGCCCUGGCUUCCCUGAGCCGCCCAGGGCUUUGUUCAGUGCACUUCUCCCUUGCCAACCCAGGGCGGGGCUUCCUGCCAGGGGAAGCCGAUCCGAGACCCCUGACCUGAGUCUUUCAAAGGCACAGCAGGCAGAAUGAGGGCUGUGAGCAGGAAUGGGGGGUGCAUGCUACUGAAGUCAACUCCCUUCCCCCUGAGAUUUCCUCUAAAAUGUCAUUUUGUAAACUGAGCAAUCAUUUAAUAUUAAAGAAUGUUUUAAAAAGGAAAAUCCCAAUUUCCACC